CUAAACUUACAAGUAGUAACCGGCACUUGAUGCUUAUUAAAGAACGUUGUGGUGUUGGCAAAUCAAAUAAGAUAGCAGAAGAAAUAAGAACUCUUUGUCAUUCUGAUGAAUCUUCCGUUUCAACUCUCAUCAUAUUUGGUCGGCGUUCUCUUGCUCAUGGGCAAAAAGUUAUUUUCGAAGGAUUUAAGUCUUACCUCGAGCUAGAUGCAAAAAAACUUAAUCCUAAAGAUACUCCUAAACUCAUUAUCAGUCCAGAAAGCAUUCACAAACUUGAACAACUGGCUAUGAUUGGAUCUACUAUGAAAAAACCAAAGCUAAGUCAUGAUGUAUAUAAAUCCUUGCUUCAAUCUGCAUUAUUAAUAUUGGCUUUAGAUGCUACAUUAGAUUCAGACUCACUUAAUGUUGAAUUAAUUGGAGCUCUGAGACAAGAAUUAAAAGUCUAUAUUCCAAUGUUUGCUAAAACUGAGAAAAAAAAAAUAUUUGCCAAUAUCAAUAAUGCAGUGGCAAGUCUUGACUAUUUGAUAGCAACUCCUGUGAUGACUUGUGGAGUAAAUAUAACAGUCAAAAACUUUGAUAUGAUAUUUGUAUACUUCCGCAUAUUAGCUGAAGAGGCUCAUUGUGAUAAGAUACUUACUCCGGAUAGCAGAUGGAUUUUUAAGCCAAAUGCUUCUUUGGAAACUCAUCUUUAUAAUGCAUCUCGUCGCAAUGCAUCUAGAAAUGAUUUUGUUAGUUUACUGACUGAUCAUCUUAGCGAAUAUGGUUAUAAUAUUAAUAUUGCCAAAGACUGCCCUUCUAUCGACUCAAAACUUACAGAAAAUAAUGAAGGCAAAGAAUUACUUUUACAGGUACAUUCAAUCAAAAAAACUCUAGAUACAGAAAAAUAUUCAAUGAUCACUAAUGCUCAGGUUUUGAGUGAUAUAGAAGCUUUGGAUAUUCGAGAAUGUUUAGAAAAAGAAGAGGAUAUAGACCUAGCCUAUAGACUUGCUUUGCAGAAAUACAAUCUCGCAUCUUUUUAUAGAAAGACCCUGAAGAUAUAA